AUCUGGAGCGCCAAAACCCUAAACCCAGGAGAGUAAGAGGGAGGGGCAUGGCGGUUCGUUAUGAAAAUCUGUGAUUCUUAAUUCAAUUGAAAUCGAAAUAUGUCCAGUUUUGCUCUCGGAAAACGAUUGUGCAAUCGAGUCUAUGCCCUCUUCCGCAAUUCCAAUCACAGAGGGGUAUUAAUCUCCAGGCGCCGGUUAUUCACUGAGCUCCAAUGUUCAUCAGCUACGCCUCAAAAUUAUGUCCUUUUCAAUUGUGGGGUUUCUGAUUUUAAGAACAUUUCUGGGUUCCCCUUCAGCACGUUGCGCUUGUUUUCAACGCAGGUUGCGAUUGAGCCCUCAACAGCCGAUGGGCUUACAGUCGAAGGAAUUAUUGGAAAUCGAUGGACGAUUCUUGAGGAGAGCGAGAGCGAUUGGAGGAGCCAUGCUGCUGCAAUUGCCCAAUCCAUUCAUCUAAUCAAGAAGCGUUUACAGUGGAAGAAGCUGAUGAUGAGAUUGGAAUUGUUAUCUGUGGAGUUGAAUAAGGCUGAUCUAUGGGAUGAUCCUGCACAUGCAGGGAAGAUAAGUCGGGAGCAUGGUUCUAUUAUGGGUAAGAUUAAAGAGAUGAAGGCAUUUGAGAGAGAAUUGCUUGAGCACAUCGACAUGAUAAAGCUUGCCAGAGAAGAGAAUGAUGCAGAGUUGGAAUCGGAGUCGCUAAAUGCUCUACUGAGUAUGAGAAGAAAUUCAAAAGAGAAAGAGCUUGAAGCUUUGUUAGCUGGGGAGAACGAUUCUUGCUCUUGUUAUAUUGAGGUACAAGCUGGAGCUGGCGGUACUGAGAGCAUGGACUGGGCAGCAAUGGUCAUGCAGAUGUACAUAAUGUGGGCUCAACGGCACGGUUUCAAGGUUACUGUUAUGGAAGAAAUGCCGGGUGAGAUUGCAGGAAUCAAGCGAGCGACGAUAAAAUUAGACGGGGAAUAUGCUUUUGGAUAUGCUAAAGCGGAAGUGGGCGUUCACAGAUUGGUUCGCAUCUCUCCGUUUGACAGUAACAAGCGACGACAUACUUCAUUUGCUGCUGUAGCUGUCAUUCCAAUCUCAGGUGAUGCUUCGACUCAUGUACAAAUCAAUGAAGCAGAUCUUCGAAUUGAGCGUUUCCGAUCUGGAGGAGCUGGUGGUCAGAGUGUUAACACCACUGAUAGUGCCGUGAGGAUAGUCCAUAUACCCACAGGGAUUACAGCAACUUGUCAAAAUGAAAGAUCGCAACAUCAAAACAAGGCCUCAGCUAUGGCGGUACUUCAGUCUCGAUUAAAUCAGCUUGAGAUGGCACGACAAGCUCAGAUGAAUGCACAGCACACACAGAGUUUAUCUGAUAUCACUUGGGGAAACCAAAUCCGUAGUUAUGUGCUCCAUCCUUAUCAAAUGGUAAAAGAUCUUCGUACCAAUUACGAGGUUUCGGAUCCUGACUCGGUUCUUGAGGGAGAUCUUGACAGCUUUAUUUUAAACUAUUUGUCAACCUCCUUGGACAAAGAUUGAGAUGGACCAUAAAGUUGAACUACAAUUGAUAGUAAUCUAGCAUCUGAAUUUUAUAAAACUAUAGUUUAGAGCGUUGAUAAUGUGUAUAAUAGAUUCUUGACCUUUUUGAAGUGUCUAAUUAGACAUUUUGAUAACUUUUAAAGUUUAAGAACUUAUUAAACCUGA